AAUCAGCUGGAGGUGGUGAACGGAGCUCCUCUAGACACGAGCGGCCACUGGUCUCAUAGGAAUGAGUCAUUCAGGACAGCAAGGCCAGUGAGAUCUGAGGGUGCAUCUGCUUCUCGGUGGAGAGAUCUCCCAGAGCACAGCUUCCUGAAGAAACCCACCUCAGUCCCAUCCUUCUUUCAGGGCCCAAUGGCGGUUGACGCAGCUCUGGCAGGACUCCUGGCAGAAAUCAACUGUCCCAUCUGCCUGGAUGGCCUGCGAGACCCUGUCACCAUCGAAUGUGGGCACAACUUCUGUCGCUCCUGCACCCAGCAGUCCUGGGCUGAUCUGCAGGACAGGUUCCCUUGCCCUGUGUGCCGUCACCCAUGCAAAGAGAGGUGCUUGAGGAGCAACACCCAGCUGGGAAGGAUGGUUGACAUGGCCAAGCUCCUCCAGAUCACCAGGGGCAAGAAGAAGCAGCAGGAAGAGAAGCGCUUGUGUGAGAAGCACAACAAGGUCCUGACCCUCUUCUGUGAGGAGGACCGAGAGCUGUUGUGUCCCCUGUGCACUCAGCCCCCUGACCACCAGGGCCACCCAUGGGUGAGGCCCAUGGAAGAGGCUGCCUCUCAUCACAGGCAAAGGCUCGGCAGUUACAUUGAGCCCCUGAAGAAGCAGGUGGCAGACGCUCAGAAAUCAAUAAGCAUUCAAAGCAAAAAAGCCUUAGAACUGAGAGAGAAGGUGGAAACCCAAAGGCUGGAAUUACUCUCUGAAUUUGAGCACCUGAGGCAGUUUUUAGAACGUGAUCAAGAAGCAGUUCUUUCAAGAUUCGCUGAUGAAGAAAAGGCGAUUGAAAAGAAACUCAGCGCUAAUAUAACCGAAUUUUCAAAGUACAAUUCCACACUCAAAGGCCUGCUAAGUCAGGUAGUAGAGUGCACGGUGCUGACGGAUGUGGAAUUGCUGUUACAAAUCACAAGUUUCUACAAGCACUCUGAGGGGUUCAGCCCAUCAAUGUUUUCAGUCCAGUUACGGAGGGAAGGCUGCAGUUUUCCUUUCCAGUAUUCUGCUUUGCAGAAAAUUACAAAGACAUUUAGAGUAGAUAUCAUUCUAGACCCUGAAACAGCACACCCUAACCUGACUGUCUCUGAGGAUAAAAAAUGUGUGCGAUAUACAAAGAGAAUGCAAGACGUUCCUGAUUUUCCAAAAAGAUUUACAGUCAACACAGUUGUCCUGGGGUUUCCAUACUUUCAUUCCGGCAGGCAUUUCUGGGAGGUAGACGUGGGAGACAAACCCACAUGGGAGAUCGGGGUUUGCAAAGAUUCUCUGUCCACCAGGUGGAGGAGCCCGUCGGCCUGUCGGGGAGGCUGGCGGAUUAGGCGGCAGGGGAAUAGCUAUGAUGCCCCGGGAGCUGGCACCAUCCCUCUCUUGUCUGAAGUGAAGCCCAGAGGCAUCGGCAUUUUCCUGGACUAUGAGAUGGGGGAGAUCUCAUUUUAUAACAUGACUGACAAAUCACACAUCUAUACUUUCACUGACACUAAUCGACCUCUUAGGCCUUACUUCUAUGUAGGACCUGACUCAAAACCUCUUAGGAUCUCUAUAGGAACAGACUGAAUGAAAACUUUCUAAGAGACUGGACCAGUUUAAUAAUUUUUUUUUAAAUGGAAGGUGUGUGUGAAUUAAUACAAUAGUGGGUAUCAUAUUAAUAUGAGAGUAAAUCUAAUCUCCCUUCAAUGGAAGGUGAAAGGAAGAAAUGGUGGUCCUGUUAAACACGUAAGUCAGGAAGAGAGUUUCAUUUUGCUUCAACAACACUGGACAAGAUCUGAGGAUUGUCCAGGUCCCACUGCGCUCUUGGUUCAAGCUCUACCCAGUGCUUGGGAUCUUCUGUAGCUGUUUACUUCGCUUCUUUACUCUUGAAUUGGCCUGGGGUUCCUAAAUCCCCCUUCCCCUCCAGGGUAUUCUCUGACCUGGACUCCUAUGGUACCUUUGGGCUCCCUGCCUUAUUUCACUGAUCCUAAAGGGCAGAAAUCCUAGUCCUCUGUAAGCUACAAACCAGGGUCUGUCUUAGUAGUUUUUU